AUGGAAACAUCCUUCGCGAUAACGGGCAAGGGCUAUGUCAUUGUGGCGGCCGACACAACUGCUGCGCGCUCCAUUGUCAAGAUGAAGACCGACGAGGACAAAAUAAAGACUCUAAGUGAGCAUCUGGUCAUGGCUUAUUCCGGCGAACCAGGUGACACCCUCCAAUUCGCCGAAUACGUCUCCCGCAAUAUCCGUCUCUACGCCAUCCGUAAUCUCUAUGCUCUCCGACCAGCUGCCGCCGCCGCGUGGAUCCGCAGAGCACUUGCUACUUCCCUCCGCUCACGGAAGCCGUACUCUGUCAACCUUCUGCUUGGAGGCUACGACGAGACAGAGCAUGCACCAAAGCUCUACUGGGUCGACUACCUUGGCACAAUGGACGAGGUCCCGUUCGCCGCGCACGGUUAUGGCUCUUAUUUUGCGCUGAGUUUGCUCGAUCGAUACCACGACCCAUCUGCGUCACUUGAAGAAGGACUUGCCACCCUCAAACGCUGCAUCGACGAAGUUUCCAAGCGUCUUGUGGUCUCGCCCGGCACGUAUAAGGUCAAGAUCGUCGACAAGGAUGGUGUCCGUGAGGUCGAGCUGUAA